AGCUCCGUGACAUCAUUUCGUCAACUUUAACCUCUCCGGCACGGGUAUAAAUGAUCCGAUUUGCUUGAUCAAUGUUAGUCGAACAAUUACAGUCGUUUACUACAAACGGGAAAAGGAAAACCAUGAAGUGCCUAUUGUUGCUUGCGUUCGUCGCCGUUGCUGCGGCACAAUUGUCACCGCAAGAGAAGACCGAUAUUUAUUUCGGAAGACUGGUUAGAACAUUUAAUCUCACACGAGAUGAUGUUAAAAAUUGUGUUAAAACUACGAAUACCACAGAAGACGAUAUACUGUACGCUGUCAACGAUGAAGAUGACGCCGCAUACUCAGAGAGAGUCAAGAGGGUCUCUUGCUUGCUGGCCUGUUGUGCAAAAAAGCAAGGAACGAUGGUUGGAAUGAAGUUGAACGUACCCAAAAUAAUGGAAGUUAUCGCGAAUUCUAAGCUAAGCAUUCCACUGGAUCAAAUGGAGAUCUUCCGCGAUCGUUUAAAUGCUUGCAAUGCAGAAGUGAAAGAAGAAAACAAUGAGUGCGUUGCGAUCUACCAGCUCCAUGUAUGCUACUUGAACAAGAACCCCGACAUAGUCACACGUACAUUUUAACUUCCUUCCGAUUUCCCUUGUUAAGAUUUUUGAAAAUGUACACUUGCUACUCUGGGAGAUUCUUAAAUAACCUAAAACACAAGUCAAUUGAAAUCUCUUGUAUUUUAUUAUUAACACUAAGAAAUAUCUUUUCGCAAUUCGCGUACGAAAACUCAAUUGCUCGAUGGUCUCAGUGUCAAAAUAAAUAAAAAAAAGAAAUUGUAAAACGAA